UCCGAUUCUUGGGUUGCUGAAAUUUGAUCCAACCCUGUUGUGAUGAUAUGCUGCAGACACAGCAUUUACGUCCUGUUUGUAAAUCAGAUUCGAAUAGUUUCAGAAGUGCCAAAUAAUAUUUGCUCAGUGAAUAAAGCAAUUUCCGGCAAUUGUUUGUAUUUUCCGCAGCCGCGCAUCUGGCAUAACCUUGUUCCUGUUCUGUCAAAAGUCAUUUUCUGCUGCCCGGUUACUGUCAAAUUCGCUGUCAUGGACUAACCUACGCUCGAAGUGAAAGAAUGGUGUAAGCGUCGUUGGCAGCGCAAAAUUGUGCUCGUGAGCUGCAAUUUCUCAUUUUACCGUGUGUUUGCUGUGAAUAGUGAAAAGUGCAGAAAUAGUAAAUCGACAGAACCCUACAACAGCACUCACACACUGCAGAAUCGUUGACGUUUAGCUAUUACGCCUGCUCAUUUUCUUGGUCAUUUUCUACUUUUUCUGUGCUCGCGGAUGCAUCCCCAGUGUUUUUCUCCACCUGCCACUGGCUCGCAAAGAGCGAAACGUGAAUUGCUAAAUUAGAAGUGGAAAUCAUUAUCGGUAAAUAUUGGCCAAAACCGAUCGAGCGACACUGCGGAAGUGGCGAAAGAAAGGAUCCUCCCAGGGAUCGGUGGCAGAUCAGAAACAAUCGCAACAGCAACAGCAGCCACCUCAAAGGUGGAUUGGACGCAGGGUCGGGUUUCGCUGGGGUAAGCCACAUAAAACUGCACCUAACGAACCAGAUCGUCCGGAAGACGGGCCAUCGCCAACAGAAGGAGCAACACCCGAGCGCACGGCACCUGUAACCGGUGACGAAGCAACAGAAGAAGAACAAGAAGACCGGCCGGUGGUUGCGGAACAGAUUAAAGGAACUACUGCUGCAUCUCAUCCGAAGGCGCCGUCCUAUAGAACCCUUUUCAGUGCCCUUGUGUCAGUAGCGCCCAAGCGUCGCAAGGCAAACAACAUCCCUACCGGUGGCACUGGUGGUGGUGUUGAGGAACGCGGCGUCGGCAUCGGAGAAGAAGCGCAGGGUACCGAAAGACGACGUGGAGGAGGAAGCGGAGGCUUAGGCUUCCAUCUGUUGACCCGCUUUCUAACAGUUCUCGGUGGGAAACGUGCGCACCGGACGGCUGCAAAAACGGGGAAGGAAUUUCUUCCGACAGAGGGCUUAAACGUUAUGGACUACGACAAAACGGUGGAAGCAAUGGACACCCAGGACGACAAUGAAAUCGAUCCGCCCAACAUUCAGAACCUGGCCAACGCGGUUGCACCACCUACGGCAGCCGCCAACGGUGGCGCAGUAAACGCCGACGGUGGCGGUGAGGCAAUGGCGUUGGAUGAUCAGGAUUUCAUGAACGAUGAGGUGCGUUCAGAGGCAACGUUCAGUUUUAGGAUACCCAAGUUCAGCAGGCUGACGGAAUCAAUUCUUUCACCGCCGUACUACGUGCGCAACCUGCCUUGGAAGAUAUUGGCGAUGCCGCGCAACAACGACAACGCCGUCACACCCGGCAAGGGGUUAGGGUUUUUCCUGCAGUGCAAUGGCGAAAGUACGAGCAACAACUGGAACUGUUCGGCGUCGGCCGAGUUGCGAUUGAUGAAGGUAGAUCCACAUGCGGAUCCGUUCAUUCGAAAGAUUCGCCACACGUUCUGCAUGCAGGAGAACGAUUGGGGGUUCUCGUCGUUCAUGAACUGGCAGGAAAUUCUAGACCCCGUGAAUGGGUUUAUCGAUAACGAUACGAUUACGCUGGAGGUGUACGUGAAUGCCGAACCGCCUCGUGGUAUCUUCUGGGACUCGAAAAAACACACCGGCUUCGUGGGGCUAAAGAACCAGGGCGCUACGUGUUAUAUGAACUCGCUACUGCAGACACUUUACUUCACCAACCAGCUAAGAAAGGCGGUGUACAAGAUGCCAACCGAGGCAGACGACGACUGCAAGUCCGUAGCGUUAGCGUUGCAGCGUGUGUUCCACGAUCUGCAAACGCAAAAUAAACCGGUCGGUACAAAAAAGCUGACCAAGAGCUUCGGAUGGGAUGCGCUCGAUUCCUUCAUGCAGCAUGACGUGCAGGAAUUUUUGCGCGUGCUGUUGGACAAGCUGGAAAACAAGAUGAAGGGCACCAGUCUAGAGGGAACGAUUCCGAAGCUGUUCGAGGGCAAAAUGAUAUCGUACAUCAAGUGCCAGAACAUUGACUACACGAGCAGGCGUACGGAAACGUUUUACGACAUUCAGCUGAAUAUUAAGGGCAAGAAAAACAUUCAGGAGUCGUUUAAAGAUUACAUCGCGACAGAAAUUCUGGACGACGAUAAUAAGUACGAUGCAGGGGAGCACGGGCUGCAGAAGGCGGAAAAGGGCAUCCUGUUCAGGAAGUUCCCUCCCGUGUUGCACCUGCAUUUGAUGCGCUUCCAGUAUGAUCCUAUAUCGGACAAUUCGGUGAAGUUUAACGAUCGGUUCGAGUUCGACGAGAUGAUCAAUUUGGAUCCGUUCCUGGAGUCGGAGGAAGAUACACCGGCCACGUAUAUACUGCACGCCGUGCUGGUGCACUCCGGCGAUAACCAUGGUGGCCAUUACGUGGUUUACAUCAAUCCGAAAAACGAUGGCAAAUGGUGUAAGUUCGAUGAUGAUGUGGUGUGCCGGUGCAGUAGGAAUGAGGCGAUUGAACAGAAUUACGGUGGGCAUGAUAAUGAGCUGAACCUGCGUCACAGUAGCAACGCGUACAUGUUGGUGUACGUGCGCGAAUCCGUCGUCCAUCAGGUGCUGGAAGAGGUGAAAGAAAGCGACAUCCCGGAAGAGUUGCUCGAGCGUUUAAAUGAGCAGCGUCGCAUCCAGCAGGUUAGGCGCACCGAGCGUACCGAGGCCUCCAACUUUGUCAACCUCAACAUUUUGCUAGCAGACUAUAUGGAGGUGCACCAGAAGUCGGAUCUGUUCGAUGCGACGACUGCCGCCUAUCGUUCGCUAAAGGUGCGCAAAACGACGGACCUUGCAUCGGUGGUGGUUCAGGUAGGACGAGCGUUCAAGGUUGAGCCGGGACAGUUUCGGCUGUGGGAGGUGAAGAAGCCCGCCAACCAGAAGCCCCACAAGUUCGAGUACAUCGAUCCAGCGUCAACGGAAACGUGCAGCAAGUAUGCAUCGCCCGAAACAAAACACUCGUGCACGAUCUUCCUGGAGCUACCGCUCCCGGGACGAACCGAACUCGAACCGGCCAAGAUCACGUUCGAGGAUGUACUGCUAUUCUUCAAGUUCUACGAUCCGGUAGAGAAACGGUUGAACUACUGCGGUCAUGGGUUGUACAAACCAUCGACCACGGUGGCUGAGCUGGUGCGUGAUUUGAACAAGCGUGCCUACUUCGAACCGGACACCGAGCUACAGUUGUACGAAGUGGUUGACAUCAAUAAGGCACAGAAGAUCACGGACCAGUUCCAAACGCUGCAGACAGCGAUGUCGUUCCUGUGCCACGGUACAAUCAUUGUGUUCGAGAAGUUGCACCCACCGCAGGAGAACUUGGAGUUCCCGACCUGUGAGGCGUACUUUAAGGACCUGUUUUGUCGCAUGGAGGUCAUCUUUCUCGACACGCUCAUCCCGAACGAUACCGGCUUCACACUGGACCUUUCGUCUGAAUCAACGUACGAUCAGAUCGCGAAGGCCGUCGGUCGCCGCAUCAACGUCAAUCCGUACGAGAUACAGUUCUUUAAGAGCAAAAACUACAGCGAUCUACCCGGGCAGCCGCUCUCGCACAGCUUUGGCGGAUCGCUGCGGGAGGUGCUGCAGUAUAGCAAAACCAAGACGAUACGCAAGCUGUUCUACCAGAAGCUUUCGAUCAACAUCAACGAGCUGGAGAACAAGAAGCAGUUCCGCUGCCUCUACCUGAUGCCGAACCUGAAGGAAGAGAAAGAACUGAUACUGUACCCGAACAAAAAUGGCACAGUGCGCGACCUGCUCGAGGAAGCACGGAAGGUGAUUGAGUUCGCGGAAGCGAGCACGAAGCAGCUACGAAUUUCGGAGCUCUCCAAGAACCGGCUGUCGCCUGGGCCGUCCGACGAUACGCCGCUCGACCAGCUGCACGACUACACGGAGAAUCCAUUCGUGCAGAAGUCCAGCAUCGGCAACCAGACGAUGUAUCGCAUCGAGGAGGUGGCCGAAGACGAAGUGCAACUGGGCGAGCACGAGAUGCUGGUACCGGUGCUGCAUUUCACCAAGGACAUUUCUAGCGUGUUUGGCAUCCCGUUCUUCAUCCGCACCGUGCAGGACGAAACAUUCGCUUCGCUGAAGGAGCGCAUGAAGAAAAAGCUGGGCGUAUCGGAUAAAGAGUGGGAGAAGUAUCGGCUAGCGAUCAUUACCGAGCACAUCGACUACAUCGACGACGAGAUGAUACAGAUCAAGCUGGAAACGUUCCGGGGCGAUCCGAGCGAUCCCCAUUCGCGGACCUUCCUCGGUUUGGAGCACAUUAACAAAAACACCAAACGCAGCAGGUUCAACUACAUGGAAAAGGCGAUCAAGAUUUAUAAUUAGACAAGCAAGAUCACAAAAUCACAGAGCUCAGUGAAAGGCCUUUCCCACCAUCACCACCACCACCAUCACCCCUUCGCCCACUAUCAUCACCACCGUUAGCGCUCCUGCCUUUGUUAAUGGCAGUUAGUAGUUGUUGAAUGUUUUUGGGAAAAGGAAGUAUGUGUGCUUUAACGAUAGUUUCGUUUGUUCGUUCGUUCGAUUGUGCUUGAAUUCUAUCACAAAAUUUCGCUCGAUUUGUUGUGAUUAGUCGCAAAUCAGAAACUCCAAGAUCCCAACUAACGUUAGGAUGGAUCAAAAACGCUUCGGUUGAAUAUCCGCGCACAGAGAUGAUUGAAGGAUAAUUAAUUAUGUUGCUACAUAGUCCUAGGACAGAUGAGAGCAGUAAUGGUUGGGCACGUCUCAUGUUUAAAUUUAGCUAGAAAUCCAAUGGACAAUAGUGCAAGUGAAUAAUUCACGAGGGCAUUUACACACCUCUCGAAGCAAACCGAGUUUUUUCCGUUACAGGUAUGAUUUGAAAUAGGUUCAAAUUAAAUUUGAGAUAUUGUGUACAGCUUGAACCACGGCGGUAUCCUUUCAGUGCGGAUGUUCGCGUGCAUUCUCUUGUAAAAGGGCCAUAUAUGAGGCCAGAAAUGUGUUCCAGUUAGGGAACAAGGGAAGUAUCCAAAUUAUUGGACAUACUUAGUAAGAACUCAGCAGAAAUAGCCGUAAUCCGUAACUUGCAAGCAGUUGAGAUUUGUUUUUCAAAUUCGCACUAUCGUUUUAAUGUCGCGUCAUGAAUUGAAAGCUUUAUGUAUGUCUCAUUGUUUGAUGGUUGAAGUCAAUUUAAUAUUUUGCUCUGUAUACAAUUAAUAUAGUUCUACUGAAUUCACCGUGUUCUUCUUUCACGCUGUUGUGCAUGCCUUGUCUUCGUGUUUUCUUGUUGCUUGGUCUGCCCUUCGAUCGAUUAUCGAUUGCUUUAUGGAGCAUUACAUAUUACAAUACUCACAGUCAUUGUAAACGGGAUUUAAAAAAAAAACAACCUACAACUCCACAACAACACCAUUCGAACUGAUGCAACAACGGUGGUCUCCUUUCGUUUCAUACGGCAAAGUGUUGGGUGCAUAUGUCGUUGAGGAUUAGGGCAUCAGGCAUAUGUAUUGAGAGGAAAUAUUGGUCUGUUACGUGCAAAACCAUGGUGAUGAAUAUUACUACUAGAAACACAUGAAGAAAAGUGUGGUUACUUUGAACAAGUGCCACAAAGGUUAAAAGAAGUUGAUCAGACUAGGAAACAAAACGAAUUGUGAAAAAUCUUAAACAUUAUAGAUAGAAUGAGAGACAGAGAAGCAGAAAGUGAAUUAAUGGACAAGGGGUUUAUGUUGAGCAAUGAAAAUCGUAGAUAAAACCACGUGGUAAAGAAAACCUAACGUAAGGAAGGAAAAGCUAAGUGAAUGUACAGAUUUACACAUGGCCAACAAUGGAAGGAUUGAAAAUUGGUUUACAGGUGUCCCUGGAUCUGGAAUCUGGUCAAGGAAUUUCAAAGCUUUUGUACGUCGUCAAUGAUCUACACAUAAGGGAAUACUUUUUUCGUUACUAACUGCGCGAGCAGCAACUGCUUAUACACUGGAGCGGAACAAAUCAGAGGACUAAAAAUAUCCUGUGCGAGAAUUCAAAAAAACAUCGAUGAAGGACGAAUUGAACGAUUGAGUGAAUCGGAGCGUGGUUGGCAUGAGUGCGCACUGGUGAAAUGCUGAGGUAUAAUAGAAGUUUAAAAGGAUACGACUAAAUUUAAAAGUAACACACAAACGUCUAAUGUGGUGCAGGUUGUUGUGCACUGGGUUGAACGAGAGAGUGAAAUGGUAUGCAAAAGAACGAUCAAGCAGUUGAAUCGAUUCGACCGAAGACUAAGAUAAGAUCGCGCAUAGUACUGAUACGCAACCUCCGCAGUCUCUGAUAGUACGGUAAAACAGCGUGCGAGAAGUUUAGCUUAGUCGACACCACGUCGACGUUCAGACGACAUGUAAUCUUGGCAAAAUCCGGUGACUUUCCGGUCCUUGUACGAAGCAAAACGCUAGCAAAACAAUGAUAUGUAAAUUCGAGUACUAAUUUUUGUGAAUUUUUAUGUUGGUGGGUAUCGAGCAUAUAAUACACAUUCUUUUUGUGUGUUUGAGCAAUGGAAAUCACGUCCGUUGUAUGUUUACAUGCGGUCUGAGAAUCAUGCAAUACAUAAAAAAGCGUUUUCCAAGAUUGCGCUUCAUUUAAAGUAGCUUUAAAAGAAGAAAGUGGACAUUCGAUAAAUAAUGGUGGAAUCCUUUGCAAAGGAUAUCUUAAAUAGUAAACAUGAAAAGGGCUCGAGGAAGCGCUCGAUGAAGACAUUUUUUUACCGAUCUAAUCUGACGAUCGUAAAAUGUUAAUACACUUGUCCGCGGGAUAAUGCUUCUUCUUAUUUUACAUGCGUUGUGAUGUGUUUGUCUGACUUCUAAACGCUCAUUUGCAAUCGCCCUUGCUGUGUUUGUUUUUGAGACGCACUUCGCAAAUGACAGCUAAAAGAUUGAUCGUAUAUAUACAGAUUACAAAUAACAAAACAAAAUUAAAAAAUGUGGAGAUGAAUGUGGAACGCCGCUGCUCAGAGACUAGGAAAGUUAAGGCAAAACAUUAAAAAAAGCAAGAACAUUGCGAAACGUAUAAAAAUGCAAGCUAAAAAAAACAAUAAAAGGUUACAAAAAUAAAUGCUACUUGUUUUCUAUUCUA